CUUCUUCUGGUGGUCGGACGAUGGCGGCAGACGGCCCGACGAAGGUGAUGGACUACGUCUUCCUCGGUGGCCGGCAACAAGCAAAGAACCGCGAGCUCCUGGAAUCCCUUGGUAUCACGCAUAUUCUCAAUGUGACCCCAACGCGCAAAGUCGACCCAGUCGCGGGCGUCCCCAACUUCUUUGAGAAAGACAAUGCCUUCACGUACCGCCGAUGCGCACUGUUUGACAACCAAGGCGAAGAUAUCCUGACGUCAUUGGAUGGAUGCAUCGCAUUCAUCGAUCAAGCCAAGUUUCAUGGUCGCAUCUUGGUGCAUUGCAAGGCUGGCGUCAGUCGGUCUGCGGCCAUCGUACUCGCGUACUUGAUGAAGACACUGGCGAUGCCGUUUGCCGACGCUCUCUCGCUUCUCCAGCAGAAGCGGCCGAUGGUGAACCCCAAUGCGAGCUUUCGAGCGCAACUCCAGGCGUUUGAAAAACGAUUAAACCUCGUGCCGCGGCCGUCGACAUCGCCACCCUCGAACGAGUCGUCAUCCCUCGAAGCCAUUGGGCCACAAUUGCCUCCACAUCUAAAGCGACGCGCAAUGGAAGCCGCCGCCGGUUCGAAUGAAGCCGCAGACGCACCGACGACGUCGAAGAAGCCCAAGCUGUACGAGUAGUUGAUACGACCUCAUGUUCCCAGAAUUCAUGAAAUUUUGUAUUUUCG